CUGUGGCCGAUUUUUUUUUACUCGCGAUUUAAAAAAAAAGAUACGUCGUAAUUUUCCGCGAAAACCAAAGAAAAUCUCUAAUGUAAUUGUUUAACAUUAGCUUUAAACUGAGAAUAAAACUGCGCUCGCUGUAAGCAUGACACAUUUGAACUAGUUUCAAUCCGAGCAAUAGAUGUGAAAGCAGUGUAUUAUGCCUAAUAGUGAUUCAUCCGGAGGUAUCUACUCCCCCAUUCCGCAAACAACGAUAACCGAUUCCGAGAGCGAAGAAGAUUUACUGCAAAGACAUCAUUAUCAUCUAACAGCGGUACCAGCUCAUCAUCAGCAUCCCCAUCGAGUGGCCGCGGCAGUUCAUCAUCAUCCAAACGGGGGAAGAUUCGGCAGAGGUAACGGCUUCAUUACGACAACCACAACGAUCGCAAUGAACGGAAUGACGGGUAAGGGAAGCAAUAGGAAUCCUGUUGUUUUAGGAGGAGCUGAUGGAACGGCUAUUAGUAACAGUUUGUACAAUGGGUUGGCCAGCCCGAGCGACGUCGAGGAUGCCCAUGGCGUAUUCCACGGGGACAAUGUAGCUAUUCUGCACGAAACCGGGUCGCUAUCCAUCGAGAGGAAGAUGUCAUUUCCGCGUAAGUGUUGCUUCGUAGCUUCGUUGGCUGUUUGCUUUCUUUCGUUGGUGGUAUUUUUGUGGGUCAUCCCUUGCUCAGAUGAUAUGGCUUGUCCGGCCAAGGCAGAACGGAUUAUGACACAAAACUGGAUUAGAAAUUAUGAGAAGAUAGAGCUGAAGGGAGUGAUUAACGCAGUGGACGGUGUGAGAGGGAAGAGCAAGAAUUUGAUAUUCAUGUACAGAGGCGAUAAACUGUUUCCAGAGUUUGCAAGUUCAUUCAAGAUGAGAAACGGAAUAAUUUCAUUGGUAGGGAGUACCGGCAAAGUGGCAUGGUACGAUCAGAUGGUGAAUGAACCGAAAAGUAUUGAUUGCACACUAAUCGAUGCUGAUUUGAAUGGGUCUCCGGAUUGUCUGGUGAUGGACGAGUAUGGUCAGUUAGAGUGUAUAAAUCCUCUAUCUGGGCAAUGGAUCUGGCAUUCGCCUAUAUAUGAUCAGAAGAGUAUCCUAAAGCAAAAUGAUCUGCUGGAUUUCCCAUUAGUUAUCCCGGACGUGGAUGGAGAUGGUGUGAAGGAUUUAUUCUUCAUCACAAGUUAUGGCGAAACAAAGCAUAAUAAGCUGGUUAUGAUUUCCGGACGCAAAGGAGAACUCAUUGGAGAUUCCCACAUUUUGAAAGAAUGUAUUUACGUCCACAAGUUGAUGAUUGAUUCUGAAUACAAUGUCAUGUUCAACUGCGUUAAGGAGAAAUCCGAACAGCAGAGAUCCAAACCUUUGGAAGAACUAUACAUGCAGAUCAAGCAUAAGGCGUUGGAUAUGCGAAAAAUAAGCAAGAAGGUGGACCUUCCGCAGCAUAAAUUUUUUGGUCAGAGGAAAAACACUGAAAAGCAGAGGACUAUUGAUGCGGUUGGCGGUAAACAGUUGGUGAUCGAGAAUCGUGGUAAAUGUCCGGAAAACUGUUCCACUACUGUAUUACUUACUGAAGAGUCUAACGGAAAAGUAUUAUGGAAUGCUUCUGGAAAACAGUUAUAUGGCAUGCAACCUGUACGGUUGUCAUUUAGCAAUGUUGGCAAAGAAAACCCCUCCGCAAUCAACGGUUUUGUGCUGAAGUUUUGGGAAUGGAGUCAGGAGGAACCGGACAACCGAAGCAGUCGGGACAAACGUUCAUCCAAAGAGGAGCACAAUCUUUUCUCCCAUUUGCUGGUGAAGAAACAAUCCUGGGUUCUUCCGGAUCAGAAUACUGAUACUGACCAAACCGCAAAGGUCCGACGAAGCGUCAAUCAAACUUUACGCCCGGGAACAUAUAAAACGCGUAUGCGGUACCUAAAGGAAAUCGUCAAGCUGAUUGUUUUCAAUUCUACCGACAUCAAAAUCGAAAACACCAGCCAGUCCAACAUUAUACAGUACUGUCGGGAGAAUGUGAAGGACAAAACCGACGUGGUUUGUCAACCGGAUCUCAAUUACCAGGAAAACUCGCUGCUAAUUGCCGACCUAGAUGACGAUGGCUCCCAAGAGCUGGUCUCGUACUACUCCACUUUCGUGAAAGCAGAUUCAGAAACUGGGGAACGCUCCGGCAUAAAGCUGAAGACGUUUGUCCAGCUGUUGCGACUGCAAUCAGAGCUUCCCAAGCUGUACAAUAGCAGUGAAAACAUCAUGCGCUGAGUGUUGGGGAAAUUUUCUUUUACUGAGCAUUUGUAACUUUAACAAAGAGUGAUCUCAUAACUAGUCGAAGCAGCCUAACACAACAAUGUUAGCUUCUAGCGUUAAGAACUGAAGUAUCUCAGUUGAUGUGUUUUAUGAUAAAAAGAGUGAUAGAAAAUAGGCCACUAUUUAGUAGGUGCGAGAGGCAUAUGCAACGAGCAAAGUGUUAUUUUAAAUAGUUUUUUUUUUGUUUUAAGUAGUAAUAACAGGUUGGUCAAUUGUUCAAUUGAGAUGAAAACGAUUUUAAACAUU